CGAAGGCGUCGCGCUCCUCGCCGCUCUAGGGGGCGCGUGUGCGCUCUCUGCGCGUCCAGGCAGCGGAGGGGAGGGCUUGCGUGGGGAGCGCGUCGGCGGUGCCUGGGCUUGUGUGGCUGGCCGCCCGCCCGCGCAAGAGAAAGAAAGAGAGACGGAGAGAGGCCGGCCGCGGUGGGCAGAAGCGCCCCGCCGUCUCUGGCAAGCAUGUCCGCGCCCUGUUGCGCGGGGCAGUUGGCCUGUUGCUGUGGCACUGGUGCAUGUUCCCUCUGCUGCAAAUGCUGCCCCAAGAUAAAGCAGUCAACCAGUACUCGCUUUAUGUACGCCCUGUUCUUCAUCCUGGUAACACUCAUCUGUUGUGUCAUGAUGUCAGAAACAGUAGCGAAAGAAAUGAAAGAGCAUAUUAGCUUUUAUGAAACGAUAUGCCAACAUAUACAGGCUGGUAACAGUUGUGAGAAGCUGGUGGGCUACUCUGCAGUGUAUCGAGUGUGUUUCGGAAUGGCCUGCUUCUUCUUCAUCUUUUUUUUGCUCACAAUCAAAAUCAACAGUAGCAAGAGCUGCCGUGCGUACAUCCACAAUGGAUUUUGGCUGAUUAAACUUCUCGUCUUGGCAGCCAUGUGCUCAGGAGCCUUUUUCAUUCCAGACCAGGAUACCUUUCUUAAUGCUUGGCGCUAUGUAGGUGCUGCAGGAGGGUUCCUCUUCAUCCUUAUUCAGCUUAUCUUGCUUGUAGAAUUUGCUCACAAGUGGAACAAAAACUGGACAUCUGGCACGAAGCACAAUAAGCUCUGGUAUGGCUCCCUAGCUCUUGUCACUCUCGUAUUGUAUUCUGUCGCGGUUGGAGCUCUGAUUGUGAUGGCUGUCUUUUACACACGCGUGAACGGCUGUGAUUUUAAUAAGAUCCUGCUUGGCGUCAAUGGUGGCCUGUGCUUGCUUAUUUCCAUGGUAGCCAUCUCACCCUGCGUCCAAAACCAUCACCCGCAUUCUGGUUUAUUGCAGUCAAGCGUUAUCAGCUGCUACGUCAUGUAUCUCACCUUUUCAGCACUAUCGAGCAAGCCACCAGAAACAAUCCUAGAUGAGAAUCAGAACAACAUCACAAUCUGUGUACCUGAAUUUAACCAUGGGCUGCAAACUGAUGAAAAUCUGGUGACUGGGUUGGGAACUGCCCUUCUGUUCUGUUGCAUUUUAUAUUCUUGCUUGACCUCUACAACACGUGCAAGUUCUGACGCACUGCGAGGAAUAUAUGCAACACCAGAAACUGAAGUAGCACGCUGCUGCUUCUGCUGUUCUCCAGAUGAAGAAACUGAUGUGGAGGAGCAUGUUGGUAAAAGAGGUGGCCAAAGAGUCGUUUAUGACGAAAAGAAGGGCACCGUGUACAGCUAUGCCUAUUUCCACUUUGUUUUCUUCCUGGCUUCUCUCUAUGUGAUGAUGACUGUCACCCAUUGGUUCCAUUAUGAAAGUGCUGCAAUUGAGAAAUUCUUUGCUGGAACAUGGUCCAUAUUCUGGAUUAAGAUGGCUUCAUGUUGGGUGUGUGUCCUCCUCUACCUAUGGACUCUUCUGGCUCCUCUCUGCUGCCCUGCCAGAGAAUUCUUAGUGUGAAAUUUCAUCUCUUUGUGGUUUCGGGUAUGGAAAAAAUACAUCUUGUUUAUUGGCUACCCUAACACUACUGCAGGGUAUUGCUUCCUCUCAGAAGAAACUGGAUGUCUUCGGCCCGGAUUUUAAAACCUUUCUUUAUGUGAUCUAAGAGUUUGAAGGAAUACUAGUCAAAAGCAACACCUCAGUAUGGAACUAGAAAGUACAAAUAGUGUUACCCAUCCCAGCGUAAGUAAAAGCGUUUAAAUGAUGGAGUGUCCAUUGUGCAAACAUUUGGUGUCCCUCCUGUGUGAUGCAGAAUGUCUGCUUGCUCAGAGGCUUCUGAACCUUCUUGCAGUGACUGAUUUUGUCACAAAUGAAAAACAGCUUUGUAUAGAAUUAGAAAGUGGAACAACUUGAUUAGGGAUAGUUUUGUUGGUGCAGGUAGAAAUUGCAUCGGCUCAAGGGUUUCUUUUCCUGUAUUAGAUACUUAUCAUAAAUUAUUGGAAAUAUGGAUUGUGAAAGAGAAAGAUUUAUGGUUAUAGAAAUAUUUAAUUUAUGAUAAUGAAAGGCACCUUUAUAAAUCACUGGGUGAUGGAAUGUGGAAUUUAAGAUGCUAGACACUGUAAAUGAUGGUGCAAUUAAUGAGCAGUUACUGUGGGCUACUCUGGGAGGAAUUGCAUCAAGUAAAAUAUUCAUAAUGGGACCAGGGAACAACAAAGUUAGAUCCCCCCCCCUUUUUAUCUGAGCUUGCCCUAAUAUGUCUGAGGAAUCUGCCAUUUUGGAAUAGUUAAAUGAAUACAUGCUACAUCCUAUCCGGAUCUCUGACCCCAAGAAACUGAAAUGCGGGACUUGCAAAAUCUGGUGACAGUGGACGUUGUAAAAGUAGCUGUGUCCUGGAAAAUAUUUAGGGAAUAUCAAAUGUUAUUUCCAGCUGUUUGGGAUAUUUUUCUUUAGAUGCCAGAUUUUGUCUUUUGAUGCCAGAUUGCCCCUCUAAACUUGUUUUUUUUAUGGUAAUAACUUGUAACUUUAAAGUGCAAUUACAAGUAGAGAUUACAAUGAGAGCAUUUUCCAGUCAUAUUUCAGGUCUUUGACUGGUGUUGAAAAUCAAGAUGCUGCCUUUCUAGCUUAUUAUUAACUUGGGAUGCCAUGCCUUUGGAUGCCCUCCUUUUGGAUGAGAGCUAACUUUUUAAAAUAACUUUUUACUUUUUAAUCCUGAAGAAGAAACUUAUAAACGUUGGCUCACAUAAAGCCGCUUUAAUCAGUGUUUCAUGUGUAAGCAUAGUUAGGUUUGAGUCCAGUAGGAUGAUAGAGACCAACAAGAGAUUCGGGGCAUGAGCUUUGACAGGCUUAUACCCUGAAACUCUUAUUGGCCUCUAAGGUCCUACUGGACUCAAAUCCACCUGCUGUAUCGCAGACCGAAACGGCUGCUCUCUGAAACCAUAUGCAAGCAUGCGUCAGCUGUUAACAUUACAUGUUAACAAGUUGGAUGUCACCACUUCAUUUUUAAAGCUAACACAUGCCACUGUUUCUAAUUAAACAAAUGGCUGGCAGUCAUUUAAAUAAUAGCUUUCUGCAAACAGGGUAGCUGUGAUAUGUUGCCUAUCCUAUUCCAGUCUCUUAUGGAAAGAGUUAAAGCAUGGUAAUAUGGCACAGGCACAUUGCGCCCUUACUAUCAAUGUUCCUUUCCUUUUAACAAUUAAGUGACUUGAAAGUUAGAAAGGUGUGAUGAAUGCGUUGGUGCAGCCUGCCUGUGCAAUGACACCACACUUUGAUUGCUACAUAAUAUAUUAACUACUUUAAUUUAAUAUUUCCUUAAUACUUGGGAAUGGCAGCCAUCUGCUGGUGAAAGAGAAGGGAAUGCAUGCUUUCAGGGGGAUUAAAGAGUCCUUGCCUGUGCCUGUCCAUGAACAGAAGGCUUGAACUCAGUAGAAGUUAUUGUUGGUCCUGUUGCAUGUCCUUUGUUCUGUAAUAUCUUCCCUGGUCCGUCCACCCCCCACCCCCGAUAGUAGCUUUUUCAGGGCUUGGUGAGCUUAUUGGAGCUAGAAGCUGUACAGAGCUUAUUUUGGAGUGUUCCAGAACUGAAAGCAGCAGUGCUGCUUAAGAAGCUUACCAUUAAGAGCUGGAUACAUUUAGGCAAUCAGGGUAUUAGGGAAGCCCGGUUCACUGAGCUCAGAGCUGGUGACACCUGGUUUCUUACCAGAUUAAUAUAAUAAAAUUUAGCUGUUGUGCUUUUAAGGAGGGGGAUUAGUGUGCAUGCACCCUGAAAACAUUUGGGAAUUGUAUUCCUCUGUUCAUGUACACUUUGGUCAUAAUAUACACAGAACAAAGUGAGUCCAUUCUAGUUAAUGCUACCUUCAUUCAAUUGUUGUGGGUGCUGGGCCUACUGGUUUUCUGUGAAUUGUAGCUCUCUUUUCAUGAUUUAAUAUUAGAUGUUUCUUGGAAAUAGAUGUAGAUUUUCCAUUCUCUGAAAUUCAACUUCUUCUUUAAAUGUACAGCGAUAUCUUGCCUUUUGAGCCAGUUACACAAAAGGGAGCUGGAUUGCGCUCAGGAAGAGAAAGUGGUGCUACUGUCUGAAAGUGACCUUUUAAUCAGCUCCAGCUCUUGCUCAAAUGCUGAGUCUAGCCCCUAUUCUAAUGUAUGAGAAGGGAAAAUGGAUUGUUAAUGUAAUAGGUGGCAUCUGCAAAAGACAAAAUGGGGUUCGUAACAUGCGGGUACUCGAUCGUGACCCUGCCAAAAGGGAAUCCCAGGGACUAUGUUAAAAUAUACUCCCUUUCUUACACUACUGACAACCUUUUCUAAAUUCUGCCAAAACAUUUAAGGCAUGCAUAUCUAGAGUACUCUUAAGGUCUUGUGGAAUAUUUCAUUGGCAUAUUCGCACAUGGCUUUUCAUAGCAUUUAAAUUUUACGUUACUGAUAAUGUGACAGACACUUCUGCGUUAUCAAGAAAAUGCAUCUUGAAGUUUUUCAUUUCUAUUAAAAAGGCUUCUCCACUAUAAAGUUCAAGUGUACUAGCUGCUGUAAUGCAACAAGGCAUUUAAAAUCUAUAUAUUUUCAAAAAAAAUUCCACUGUUUGAAUACUUACUACAAAGAACAUGAUUUAAAGUUUGGGCUCCAGUAGCAAUUAAAGUGUUUUGCCAAAAAUUUGGCCUCCAGAAAAGCAGAACACUGUGCUGAGGUAAAAAGAAAUCUAAACAAUAUUGCAUAUGCCUUAAUUUUAUUUUGUUCUUCAUAGUGUUAACUUCUAAACGUUUCUGGACAGUGUUUGAGACCAUUAUGUCAAGAAAUGUGAACGGCUUGUGGAUUAUCGCCAUAAGGUUGAAUCUGAUUACUUCCAUCUACUGUAUGAGGGGUUGUACUGUCUAUUUUACUCUUUUUUUUCUUUCUAAAAUGUAUUUAUUGGAAUGUCAGCAUUUUAUAGGCAUAAUUCAAGUAGAGUUCAUUCCCAUCCACAUUCUGUCCCCAAAAAAGUUCUCUAUCAAAAAGUCCAAGUAACCCUGAUUCUCAGCAUUACUUCAUAGAGCAGUAAACCAUAAUAUAAGCUUGUUUUUCAUUUCACUAAAAAGAAUUCAGAACAGACUCAAAACAGAAAGCAUGACUACCAUGCACAAGGCCAAGAGAAGGCUAUCAGAUGCCAAGUGUCCAGGAGGAUGGGCGAUCACAUUACUCUGGUGCCUCACUGAGUAGAAGGAAGUGAUUGGGUCCAAUCCACAGUAUUUUGUAAAGCAGUGCUAUCUCCCUUCCAAUGUACUACCAGUUUCUAUUACUUUAACACAUAUUAUUGAACAGUUCCUACUUAUUUAGAAUGUUUUUUAUGUACGCUUUAAUGACUGAAUACAAAUUAAAAUAUUUUCCAUAGUUUUUUUAAAAUGUGUUUUUUUAAAUCUUUUGAUACAACUUCGGCCUUUUUUUACAUUUCUGUUUGUGGGAGGGAGGGGCUUUUUUCACAAUCGUAGCUACAACUGGUUACAUUUUGGUCUAUAGCUUGUAGAAAUUGUAAGACUUUCUAAGUUUUUGAGACUUGGAAAAAAAAUCAUACAGUGUACACUGUAUAUGGUUUUAAAGCAUGUUACUGGGUUUUCGAGAAAUGUCUACAUAUUGAGUGAAAGUAUCAUAACCAUUUAA